CCAAAUCCAUCGCAGAGCGAGGAGCACGGGAGCGCUCUAUCUGUGUACGAUAACCUCCCUGAAGCUGUCACCCCCGACAGCCUCCAAGACGUCUUUGAGAUGGAAACAAGCUUCCAGGAGCAGAUGUACCAGGCGUGGCUCCCUGAGCACUUCCAGGGACUGAUGGACGGCGAGGGAGUGAGUGAAGGCAAGAGCGCCUGGUCCUCCUGUGAGAUCAUCCUCGCUGACAAUAACCAGGACCAGAACCCAGGCGAAGACAAAAAGCAUGAUCAGGAGCCAAAGCUGGACUCUGGAUCCUGUGGAUUUCAGCGGGGGGACCUGAUGCUGCAGCUCCAGAUGUCCCCCCCUCAACAGCGUCUUACAGCAACUUCCCCUCAGCUACCCCAGUCUGAGAGCCAGGUUCUGUGGCCCUCAGCUGAAACCCAGCAGCCAUCCUGGUCUCCCAGGGUGCCCCCCCCUGUACCCCUGGCAGACCCCUCCGCCAGCGCCCUCCGCAGCAUCCUCACUGGUCUCCAACAGCAAAUAGUCCGACAGAGGGAGGAGUACGAGGCACGAAUACUCAGCUUAGAGCAGAGAAAUGAAGAGCUGCAGGUCGAGGUGGUUCGGUUGAAAACAAACCUCUCACAGCAGCGACACUGGUACCAGGCCGUCGAGGAUAAGAUCACUGAGUCUGAAAGGAUUCGGGCCGCCGCAGAACAACGCAACGCCACUCUGCAGAAGGAGAUGGAGCAGUUCUUCGACACCUUCGGAGAGCUCAACAAUGAGGCCAAGAAGACAGAGUAUAUCGUCAAAAGCUUUUGAAAAGAGAAUAUAUGGAAUUAAAUGAAUUGUGUGUGAUGAAAUUAACUGUAUGUGAGAAGGACAAGACUGGUUAGUCUUUAAACUCUAGUAAGUAUCAUGUAAAGUAGCUUGUCACUAUCAAAGCCAAAUACUUCCGUCUCUAAUUGAGAAUGGUUUAAGUGGUCUGCAGGUAUUUCUUCAUUGAGAAUAUACAAAACAUCACUGAAAGAAUAAUCACUGAUGUCCACUUUAUUUAUUACGUAAGGGCAAAGAUGUUGGCCGGGGGAUUAUAUUGUGGUCUUUGCAAUCAGACAUCUCUGACAAUGAAAGGAGAAAUAAACAAAACAAAAAUGUGAGCUGCA